AUGUUCUACGGCAACCCCUUCGAUAGCUGGGCUGAGGCUGGUCAAGGUCAAUCUGUGAAUAAUGUCUGGGUCGGAGGCAGCGGUCCUGCUCCUUCCGUCUUCGGAGCCCUUCCUUACCCCUCUUCCUCUCUCCUCACGUUCUACUUCACUUCCUUCAAUCCGACCAUUUUCAAUUGCACCGUCAUCGGCCCCAAGUCGGAGGUGUACUACCGGAUUGUGACCGACAACCAGAUGCCCGGCUACACGGUCAUAAAGAACGCCAAGAACGAGAACGUUUCCCUCAUCGAGUGGCAGGCGCAUCCGUUCAUCGAGAUACGCGGAGUUCUGGCGAAGCAGCAAGUGAAGACUUGGCUCGGUUUAACGGGCGAUAGGAGCGCCCGAGGCAUGACUGUCCGUGGAAUGCAGUAUUUCUGGGCUCCAAGUGAUAAAUCCAUUAAUUUAUAUGCCGGCGGUCCCAAGAACAAGACUUUCCUUGCCAGGAUCAUGCGCGGCAACGGCACCAUCACCCUUGAGAUGACCCAAGACGCAUAUCAGCUCAACUUGCUGCAUGCCAUAGUGUCUGCGGCGCUCCUCCUACAAUGUGGCCGUAACAUCGACUAA